GUGGUCAUCCCAGUCGAUCAGAUGCGCGUAAACGGUGCCAAUUGUGGAUGUGCUUUUCUGAGCUGUUUAUGGCAGAACGCAAACUAAUUGGAAACAAAUUCAAGCGAUAACUGUUUUGAGCUUGUAGAUGACAAAAUUAUACAAGACGCGUCUAGUUUUAAGUGGAGCAUCUGUCCGUAGUGCAUGAGCGAGUGGGAGUUUGGGUACAUCCAUUCAUUCUUGAUUUCCACCCACUCAAAUUUAACCAUGGGUUGCGCAUAACAGUUGAUCUUAAUAGGUUUUAAGGCUAAUUGUUUUGUUUGUUUUGUCACGUUGCUAUAGGCGAAUAUACGCAUGCACUGUUACUUAUCAGAUUCUGUUUUUUUUAAAUGCCCCACUGAAAACAGAUAGCCUGCUGCGUAUUACUGCUUCUUAUUUUGCUUAAGUCAGCUCAGUGUCUGCGUGUGGAGACUUGUUUCCGGAUGUUUGUAAGUUCCGUUCUUUUAUGUGGCGACUCCAUUUAGUCUACUGAAGGGGAAAGUAUUUCUGCCUUCGUGUUGCCACUGUGUGUUAAUAUUGUGUGUAGACUAGACUACAGUCAAGUCGAGGGUAUCGCGGGCGCCCGUCUACUUUCUGGACUCAUUCUGGCCCUGGCAAUAGGCUGGCAGUUCCAGGAAGUUUCUCGGGCUGCGCAAUCUGACAGGGUGUCAGACAGUGAGUCAGUUGGAACUUACAAGAACGAUCAGCGCGUGAGAAAGGAAGAAAUGGAAGAUGGGCGACAUGGAUAUAUUACGCUACUUUUACCUUUCUUCGUCUACUGAUAACUAAAAUCGUAGUUAAUAUUUGCGUCGGACGUACAGUCUUUGAUAGCGUGCUUGCCUUAGCCUUCGGAUCUCGAAUUAAACCGUGCUGUAGGAACCUGCGGAACUGACAGUGCACUGGGAUACUUUAAAGCACUCAAUUUCUUUACUCUUGAUUCGAGCUUUUUUUUAAAUCCACCGGUGAACUGCGGCGGUCACAGUGAAUUCUGGAGCAGAACAGUAACUGAGUGGAACUUACCACAUUGCACAAAUGGUUUUCCUCUGGGACGCCAAAUACGAUCCCGCCCCUGGGCGCCGAUUCACGCCCCCAUCGACUACCCUGAGCCCCGGGAAGAUGACAGACGGCUUGCCCCUGGGGGCACAGGAUAGCAGCGCCGCCGCACUGGUGGGCAAGUUGCGCAUCACGGACAGAAGCAUGGUGGAGGUAUUGUCUGAUCACCCAGGAGAGCUGGUGCGCACAGACAGCCCCAACUUUCUCUGCUCCGUCCUGCCCUCCCACUGGCGCUGCAACAAGACUCUGCCUGUUGCCUUCAAGGUGGUGGCCCUUGGUGACAUCCCCGAUGGAACGCUGGUGACGGUGAUGGCGGGGAAUGACGAGAACUAUUCAGCGGAGCUGCGCAACGCCACAGCCGCUAUCAAGAACCAGGUGGCCCGUUUCAACGACCUGCGAUUUGUGGGUCGCAGCGGUAGAGGGAAGAGCUUCACUCUCACCAUCACAGUCUUCACAAACCCUCCUCAAGUGGCCACCUACCAGCGGGCCAUCAAGAUCACAGUGGACGGACCGAGGGAACCACGACGACACAGGCAGAAGCUGGAGGACUCGGUGAAGCCUGGGACUCUGGCGUUCUCGGAGCGUCUGAGCGAGCUGGAGCAGCUGAGGAGGAACGCCAUGCGCGUCAGCCCCCACCACCCCUCCAUGGCCAACGCCCGCGCCUCGCUCAACAGCGCCCCCUUCAGCAACCCUGCGCACAGCCAGAUACCCGACUCCAGACAGAUGCAGACUUCUCCCUCCUGGUCCUAUGAGCAGUCCUACCCCUACCUGGGGCAGAUCUCCACCCCCGCGGUCCACCCGGCCACGCCCAUCUCCCCCAGCAGGGCCAGCGGCAUGUCUGCUCUCUCCGACCUCUCCAGCCGCCUCUCAGGUCCUGACCUGACGCCGUUUGGAGAUCCGCGGAUGAGCUUGGAGCGCCCCUUCUCCUCCCUGCCCUCCCUCCCGGAUGGCCGCUUCUCCGACUCGCGGAUGCACUACCCCGCCGGCACCUUCACGUACACUCCCACUCCCGUCACCAACGCCAUCGGCAUCGGCAUGUCGGCCAUGACCGGGCCCGCCCGCUACCACACCUACCUGCCCCCGCCCUACAGCAGCGGGUCCUCCCAAGGGCAGCCCGGCCCCUUCCAGACCGGCUCCUCCCCCUACCACCUGUACUACAGCGCCACCACCGGGUCGUACCAAUUCUCCAUGGUGUCCGGGGGGGACCGCUCGCCCCCCCGCAUCCUGCCCCCCUGCACCAAUGCUUCCACGGGCUCCGCCCUGCUCAACCCCUCCCUGCCCAAUCAGAGCGAGGUGGUGGAAGCGGAAGGCAGCCACAGCAGCUCCCCCACCAACAUGGCGACCGGAGCCGGACGCCUGGAGGAGGUGGUGUGGCGGCCAUAUUGAGACCUGCCCCACCCCCGACCCUCCCCCCCUACACCGCGACACGACGCCUCCUCCUCCCUCGCUGACGGACUGGGCGGGCUGACGGACUGCGGACGUGUGCGCGCUCACAGACAGACACUGAAUCCUCUGUGUGCGAGGAGAACUGUCAGCCGGAAAACGCCCGGGAUGCCAAACUACACACCAAAAUACGGCUGAAAUGACUCACCGUCUGUUUGUUCAGACUUUCUUUUUUUUUUUUUUUUUUUGAUGAUUUCAAAAAUACUUCAGAAUUACUGGUAGCACCGAUUGCGGUUGUUUGUAUUGUACGUCCCUGACCGUCCCACACAUCUGAACUGAGGAGGGAGAAGAACAGCUAACCGAACGCACUCUGGCCGAAGAGAGAGCGUUAUCAGGUCCGGUUAUCUGUGGACGGGACAGCGCUGGUGUAGUUCUGGUCCUGCCUGUCGACCACAAUGCCAGCUCAUCCGCUGAGCGCCCCUGUUUGCCUCUUCCUCCCGGAGGUGCGAUGACCUCACGCCAGUCAUGACAAGGCAGGUCACAAGGAGACUGCAAUGAAAGCCCUUCAGAGGCAGGAAGCACAUUCUGCUGUGUCCACAUCACCACUGCCCGACGCUACAUUCAACAAACUAUUUAUCUUUUAUUUAACCAUCUAAUGUAUUUGAGUCAUGGUCUUUAGCUUUGUGUAAUUGUUCACAGGCUUUUUUCAUUGUGAUGUUGAUGGUGUUUGGAAGUUCAGACACAGUGGAUUAAUGCAUAUUUACAACAGUAACCCCCCUCUUCCAAUUUGGCUCAAGACCACCCACUUUAUCUGUACUGUCUCUGUACCAGAUGUGUGUGUCUGCGCGUGUGUGUGUGUAUGAAUGUGUAUGUGUGUGCCUGUGUGUGCGUGUAUGUGUGCAUGUACGUGUGUGUUUGUGUGUGCAUGAGUAUGUAUGUGUGUGUGUGUGUGUGUGUAUGUGUGUGUUUGUGCAUGGUGUGUGUGCCUGUGUAUGUGUGUGAGCAUGUAUAUGUGUGUGUGUGAGCAUGUAUGUGUGUGUGUGCAUGUGUAUGUGUGUGAGCGUGUAUGUGUAUGUGUAUGUGUAUGUGUGUGAGCGUGUAUGUGUAUGCGUGUGAGCGUGUAUGUGUAUGCGUGUGUGUGAGCGUGUGUGUGUGAGCGUGUAUGUGUGUGUAUGUGUGUGUAUGUGUGUGUGUGUGUGUUGGGGAGGGGAAGAGAGGGGACAUACCGGGCCUUGUAUCACAGAGCACUGUGUAAAUAGCUCUUGGUUGUAAAUGUUUGCUUGGUGAUGCCCUCAGUGCCCGCCGCACCACAGUGUGCCACCCCCACUCCUGAGAAAAGUCAAAGCAAACAGAAAAAACAACUUUGUUUUAGUUUAGUUAUUUUCUGAAUACAAAUAAUGUUCUUUCGCA